UGACGUGGCGGCAUUGGGGAACCUAAGUAGACACCGGGGAACGGCGGCUGAAGAGCUGUCCCUGAGGCGGAGGAGGAGUUACUGCGGCAGAAGGGUUACACCAAGUUGGAAGCGAAGGCACUAAAGUAAUCGGGGAGUCUGGGGCCGAGGGCGAGGAAUUGAGAGGAGCGUAAUCUUGAAGUGAAGGACAAACAAAAUUAACCGGACUCUGCGGCUGGGAGCACAACUGUACAGAGUCUGAAAACUGAGUCCCAGGAGGGCACGGGCAUGGGGAGGGAAGUGCUGAGAAGGGCGUGUGAGGUCUGGGUGCGUGAGGAGGCACGAAGGGCUUUAAUUUUGGCAGUUUCAGAAACUGCCUACCCAGGAGGGCUUUUCCUGGUUGGGGUGAAGUAGGAAAGGAUGUUCCUCUAUCUGCCGCGCUCAUUGUCCAGUCUCCGCCUCAAGAAGUUGAACAUUUCUUUGAUCCAUCCGGAUGUGUAUCCUCCUUCUGAGACACUCAGAAAGGGCCUGAUGUGAAAGGAAUAGCCGCUGAUCUCUCAAGGCGCUUGGGUCAGUGCCCCCGGCUCAGACUUCGUCCUAGAGAACUGGUGGAGUCUCUUUCAUUGCAGGGAUCUUAUGCUGUAAAAAUCCAUUCCAUUGGUGAUGCCUUCAGAAAUUUUAAAAACCUCAGAUCCUUAGAUUUAUCAAGAAAUUUGAUCACUAGCCUGAAGAUGACCGAGCUGUACGAGAAAGUGAAAGAAAAGCUGCUAAACUGCAUUUUAGUCAGCUGGGCAGCAGUGAAAAUUUUCUUUUAGAGGUGGAAAAAAGCUCUAGGGAGAAGACAAUGAAAAACUGUGUGACAGAUGAGAGCUCUGCUUCAAAAGUCAAAGCUGAUGUUGAUAACAGGAUUGAAACUGAUUCAAAGAAAGGACUUUUUAUUCCCUUCCCCAACCGGGAAAUAAAGGAUUCCCUAAUGAGUACUGCAACGCAGGGCAGCAGUAUACCAGAUCAGAAAUUAGACACUUUCCCACUGGGGACACAGAUGCAGGAAGUGACAAAAAAGGAGAUGCCAGGUGACAGUCACCGAAAGGAUGAAUUCAGACACUACUUGCCAUGUCAGUCCACAGUCCAAUCCCCAGAGAAGAUGGCUAGAGAAGGGUACCAAAUAUCUGUUUUGGACAAUAAGUCUUCAGGUUCUUCUCCAGAAAAGGACUUGAUACCCAAACCUGAUACUUACCAGCUCACCCAUGAUGCCUCAUUGGGUAAACUCCUGGAUGUGGGUGAUUCCAGCCAGAUUCAUCCUUAUCAGUUGCCUUCAGAUGAUGGACUAGAAAAUCAUGAUAGUCACCAUUGUCAAAAUCUUUCCCUGCAUGGAAGUCUUGGUAAAAGGCCUCAGAGAAACAAGAACUACCAAGAAUAUGGCAUAAAGCCUUCAAAUGACAUCAAGGGCACCACAUCCCAUUCUUGUGGAGACUUACUGACUUCUCUGUCAAACCCUGACUCUAGCACUCGGAGGCUUUUGAAGCUUAGUUCAGAUCUGUAUGCCACAACCCAUUUCAACAGUGACCCUGCUCUGCUGUUCAAUGUAGAGCAACAAUUAUCUACCAGCGUCAGUGAUUCAGCACCAAUACACGGUUCAUUCCCAAACAACUCCAUCCUGGGAGACUCUCUUCGAACACUACUGUUGCCUACUGGGACUUCAGAAAACAGAGAACGUUUGACCAAGAGGUCUCUAAGCCCAUCAAGGAGAGGAUUCCUGUGGAAGGACAAUAUCCUUGUCACCCUGAUUCCAAAGCAUGGUUUCAGAGAUGCUACAGGCAGUGAGUCUCUCUCUAGUGACCUGGGCAGUUUUCAUGGUUUGCCAGGAAACCAUAGUCCCCCAAUCUCUGCUAGAACCACCCAUGUGGCCACUGUCCUCAGACAGCUCCUGGAGCUUGUGGAUAAGCACUGGAAUGGCUCUGGCUCCCUCCUCCUUAACAAGAAGUUCCUUGGUCCUGCUCGAGAUUUGCUUCUGACCUUGGUAGUCCCUGCUCCUUCUCAGCAGUGGUGUCGCUCACAUCCUGAAGACACGCCAAAAGCCUUCUGUAGGAGGGAGAUGGAACUGAAGGAGGCUGGGCAGGUGGUCCCUAAUGACAUGGAAAGUUUGAAGCAAAAACUGGUCAGUGUACUGGAGGAAAACCUCAUUUUGUCAGAAAAAAUCCAGCAUUUGGAGGAAGAUGCUGCCACUUCUAUUGUGAGUGGGCACCAGUCGCACACUUAUGAUGAUCUUCUGCACAAAAACCAACAGCUGAACAUGCAGGUGGCUUGCCUAAACCAGGAGCUUGCCCAGCUGAAAAAGCUGGAGGAGACAGUGACCCUUCUUCAUGAAAGUCAGAGAUCCCUGGUGAUAACUAAUGAGUAUCUGCUGCAGCAGCUGAAUAAAGAGCAAAAAGGUUAUUCCAGGAAAGCACUCCUGCCUCCUGAGAAGAGUCAUCGUUUGGAGAGAUCAUCACCCUUUGGGAAAAGCAUGCUGUCUUCCUCCUCACCAGUGGCACAUGACAUGGGUCAGUAUGUAAUACAGAGUGUCUCAGACUCUGUUCCAGAGCCUAGUUUAUGGAGCUAGCUAGCACUGAACACCUCCCUGCAGCUCACCUCUCAACCCUAGGGGACUCUGUCAUUGCCACCGGUAAGGUGGUAUUUACCUACAAGAUUAAGAAAAAAUCUUAUUACAUUGUAUUGGUCCUUCCUUUUAUUUAUUUUUAUCUCCUCCCAUCAAGUCAUUCUUUCUGCCCACAGAAAUAGUUGGCACUUAGUCCUAGGCAUUGUAUUACAGAGAAACAUUUGGCUGAAAAUGUCAAAAAGGAAAAACUACUCAACAUUUUUCCCAAGUAUUGCUUGAACCUGUGUGGUAGGAGGUUAAAAAAGAAUAUCCAUGGCCAGGUAUGUUUGUGUUAGAAGAAACUUAAGAGAAUCCAUAUUGAUUCAUUCAUCAAACAUCUUUUGGGUUUCCUCCCACCAUAGUAUAAAAGUGAUAUCUGGUGACUGCGCCAGGCAAUAGUUUAGCCAGGGAGAAAUGCAAAAUGUCAUGUGAUAGAGCUCAAAGCUUGGUAUUGGUACCAAACAGAUCAGAAUAAAAGCCUAAAGGUGCCCUGGAAAGAGAGAGAGUAGGUAUUUCCUUCUCUGGGGAAUUGGAGAAGGUGCCCGUGAGAACAUGUUUGAGUGGAAGCUUGCAGAAUGAAGACAAUGGUAGCAGGUAGCAGGAGUGCAGAGCCUCCCAAGCCAAGAGCACAGAGUAGAAGAUUCUGGGGACCCCAGAGGGAUCGAAGGGCAGGGAAGAUGUAGGUCAUGGUGCCAUGAGAGUAUAUAACCGGGGGACCUAUUAUAACCUGGGGGUGUAGUGUCAGGAAAAUAUCCCCUAAAGAAAAGAUCUUUCAGCUGAGACCUGAAGAAUGAAUAGGAGGUCACCAGGCAAAGCAAAAAGCCAUGAAAUGGGAAGGAACAUGGUUCAUUUAGGGAACUGAGGAGCUGAGAGGAGAUAAAUAGGAGCUAAGUUAUAUGGCUCCUUGAAGACUUUAGGUUGGGAAGGCAAAGGAGUGGCAGAGUUGUGUUUGAAAAGCUUUCUCUCUAAGAAUGGUUUGAUUGCCUAGGGAGGACCAGAGAGGAGCUGGAGGGAUGAGAGAGAAGGCUCUUGCAGUGCAGAACAGAGAUGUGGUUUCUGAAUCAUAGCUUUGGGCUCAGCAUCGGCUUUACAUAUGAGUACCCUGUGUUUCAGAGAGAAGACACAAUCUCUCUUUUAAUCCUGAUUGAUUAUUUGAAAAUCUAUGGGAAAAGAUAAUAAAAGUGGCUCUGUAUAUAUUUCUGCUUCAGGGUUGCCACAGAGUGUGUAAAGGGCGAAGGACUGUCAAAUUAAUGCCAUGUUUCAUCUUCAGAGUCAUGUCAGAGAGAGAGGCCAGGUGGAAAGAUUAGACACAUAUUUGCUCCCCUGACCCAGGUGCUGUGUAGGGAAGGACAUCUAUUGCCGUAAUAGUAAGACAUGAAGAUCACAACUAAGAUCACACAUUUCUAAGUU